AUGCUUCGAAAUCUUUUGAAUUCUUUGUGGAAUCUUUUUCUUCGACUGAAUCUUUUCGAAACACAUUCAAGUGAUGUACGAAGUGCUCCGAUAGAAAAACUUGCAACACGUAUAUAUAUUGUAUCAUUGAUUAAUUUCCUUAUCAUUAUUGGUAUUAUUUCUGCAUUCAUUGUUCGUACAGAGAAUGGUAUUGAAUAUACACCUUCGAAUGAGAAAUUUAUACAGCUGGCAAGAAUAUAUCCAAAUACACUUCAAUGUCGAUGUUCAAAAGUUGGAAUCGCCUAUGAAACUUUUGUGAAAACUAAUGUCGAUUUUCAUCAAGUAUGUUCAAGUAAAUUUAUUGAACAAGAAUGGAUUGACUCGAUCUCCAUUGAAAAAAGUAUUUCUUUGUCAGCUACAUCUGACGUGCGAUACUAUCUUAGUUUUUUCUGGCAAGCAAUUGCAGGUUUUUGUACUCUGGGUAAAAACACAUGGAUGAAUGCUAUCGCAAGGUUUGAGAAGUCGUAUAUUCUUAGUCCCAUAGCGGUUAGAGAAGAGACUCUUCGAAGCAAUGCUUUAAAAGAUUUAGAAAACAGUAUUUCUUCGGCUCGGGUAGCAUUAUCUCGCAGUUUACUUACCAUCCGACGAACAAUGACUACAAAUCAAUUCGUAUCAGCGUUGGAAACCAACUUUUAUCUUGAUUAUCCACCAUCGGAUUUCUACACUUGGGAUCAUCCGAGAUUUUUUCCUGUAGUAUUCGACAAUUGUUCGUGUUUGAUUCUUACUGGAUGUCCACAUCCAGCUCUUGUCAACAAUAGUCGCGGUGAGUUAGUUGCUGUUCCAGGA